GCCAACUUUUUGGCUGGAGAUCGUUAAUACGAACUUAAAAAGAAAGGAAAUGUCAAAAUGUCAAUCCUCAGUUGAAAAUGAUUUCAGUCGGUCACGGGAAUGUAACUAGAGUUUGCAUGGGAAUCUAAACAAGGCUCGUGACUUUCGUCGGGAGCUACUACAUGAGGAAGGCUUCGAAGAACGAGGCAGAACACAAAAGGAUGUAGAGUAAUUCAAUGAGAUAAGACUUGCAGAAGGCUCGUUUAAUGGCUGACGAAAGUAUUGCGAGUUUUUAUGGAGGAAAUGAUUCUACAAAACUUAUCAACGAAGAUGAGCAAGAAACAAGAGCGCGGAGAGAGGACUCCUUCUACAACGACCAACCGAUAGGGACUAAGGAUCAGAGAACUUUACUGAGUGGAGAUGAAGAAAAUAGGGAAUCAGUUGAGAAUAAUGAAAAGGAAAAAGAGGGAAAACCCAGCGAUGAAUCGAGUCUUUCGAUCAGUAACAGCGAAAAGCAAUACAUUCACUCAGAAGAGAAAUCACAGAGACCCACCUCUUUGUCAUUCAGUAACGAUCAUGCAACGGGCCAGAGUCGUCACGGGGCUGUCACGCCAAGUCGGCGGCAGGUGUCAUUUAUUCGAGAGGCCAAUCAAAACGAAUCUUGUGACGCAAGCGUUGCCUUUGACAACUCCCAAUUAUCAUCAGACUCUUUGUCACGCGUUCGGGCCAUCACGAGCGGUAGCGUGUAUUACCGAACGCAUAGCGAGGCGGAGGAAUGUGAUGAAAACGAACUGAGUUGUUAUCGAAGUAAUUCACAAAUACGGCGGAGAAGAAGGUACACCAAACGUGGUGCUGUAGUUUCGGAUUCUUUCGUCAAUGAAUGUAUCUGCUGCUGUGUAAUUAUUUAGAGAGCAGGCCGAAAGAACAGUAGUUACACGUGGCUUCGCACAGACCUGUCCAGUGAGGUCUCGACAAGUUACGCAACGACAUCGCCGAGAAAGUUGUCAGUCAAACUCUCAGGAGUGAUCAGCAUCUAUUUUCUCCCUUUAGCAUCAUUUCUGAAUCAAACAUUAAGAUCAUGAGAAUAAAGAGCAUGAUCGCCAACUAAAAUAGCUUGAUUGUUGAACAAACUUUCCUUAUCAACACCAAAGAAAUGUAGAAAGAACAGUGUAGAGAAUGAAUAAGCAUGAUGGUUUUAGCGGUGUUAAGGUUUAAACAAAAGAUUACUAUUACGGAGUACAAACUGUAACCUGAGCCAGCCCCUCGUUCAAAGGUUACCCCUGACAACAACUGCCAUUUCCCUGAGAGAUGGAGCCUGAGAUAGGUUCGGUACCAACUGGUUUUUUGUCAAAUUCCCUCAUCCUGCAAAAUUUUGUUAAGAGCUUGCCUCUG